CUGGGAGUUCAAAUGGUGAACGGAUGCGCUGUCUUUCACGGGAGUCGGAUAUCUGUGCAGCUGCAUCUUUGUGAACUGAGCGAACUGGGUGUGAGUCUCUGUCGCCUGCCCAUUCAUUAAGGCUAACAUUUAUACAUCAACGUUUUCACAACCUCAAGAAAAUACAGCAAUCACCUACUUAUGUCAAAGCCUUUCCUACUUGGAGAGGCAAAGCAAGUAGGCUAUGAUUGCAGUUCACAAGCUGUUCGAACCUAAUUGAUUCAACAACAUAAAAUCACAUGGUAGUAGCUCUAACUUUUGGCCCGCAAUGUCGCGGUGGCGAACAGCUGUUUGGCUACAGGUCCACAGCACCUUGGGAGGGGCAACUACCUACCCUGGUUGUGGGAUCGUGCGAAUCCAGAACUGCCAAGAGAUGAGGAGGGACAGAUUUUGUGGAAGAGCCAGUCUUCUACUGGAGCAUCGAGUACCUAGAGUGGAUGUUUUAUGCGAAGAAGAGAAGAUAUAUGUGGCUUUGAUGUUGCAAAAUCUCAUCUAUUGUUGCGUACAUGCUCGUCGUUUCAAACAGUUUCAACACAAACUUAAUAUCGUAUCGACUGUUUAGUCUGGUCUCAAUGAGCCGAGUAGCCUGAAAAACGACUAUUUAUCAACUGGUAGUUGAGGGGCCAUGACAUACCAUCGUCGAAAAUAACAACAUUCUCCUAUUCCAUACGCUGCACUAGCCACCGCCGCCUGUUCUUGUCAAUACGAAAAUGUCUAUAGCCUCAGGUGGUCUUAU